UUAUUACGGUAAUUGAGGGCGUCGCUAACCCGGAAAGGAAGCAACCAUUACUAGGUCAAGCUGGUUAAGCCAAACGUCCGUCUACUUAAACAACAAUAACAUUUUAUGGUACAGGUACAACAUAGCUACAACAUAAUGGCUUAAAUAAUAAGACAACAAUUAAUUCAGGUGCACGCUUGAAGGCCAAUGUUGCUUCGAAGAACAUGCUAUCAGCUAAUGUCGCUAACGCUUAGGUAAACAUCACACCUGAUUUAAAGAUGGCAGAUUCGUCGCCGUUAUCAGGGGUGAACGUAGUGUUGGUGAUGGCGUAUGGCAGCUUGGUGUUCGUGCUGCUCUUCAUCUUCGUUAAAAGGCAAAUAAUGCGUUUUGCAAUGAGAUCACGCCGCGGCCCACACGCACCAAUUGGCCACAAUGCGCCCAAGGGUCUGCGUGAAGACAUCGACUUCGGCCUGUCCAAAGUUCACGAGAUCCGGUUUGAACCUCGGCUUCUUCUCGAAGAAGACGCCAGGCUGGGGCAUGGAUCACAAAUGAGUUGCUAUAACUACCUGUAUCGAAUGAAAGCCCUGGAUGCCAUUCGUGACUCAGGUAUUCCACUGCAGGACAUAUGCAACACUCCCACUGCCUUCACAGGGAGAAACUUCCGGAACUGGCUGCUGGAGCUUCGAAAUUCCCACUCCUUGAUCAAGAGCAGCCGUAGCGCGCUGAUCGAGCGCCUGCUGGAGGGCUACGACAGUGCCCGCCACGGCACCGGGGUGUUUGGAGAGGCGGAAUUCCUUGAAUACCAGCAGGCACUCAAUGAAUUAGCUGAUGUUGUGAAAGCAUACUCCAGCAGCACCAGCCUGGACCAGCACCACCAGUUGGCAGCCAAAGACCUGACAGGUUCCACGGCCCGUAACACCCCGUCCACCAUCCAGGUCACCUACCUGCCCUCGGCCGGGCCGCGCAGCAAGAGGCCCAAGCACUUCCUGGAGCUGAAGAGCUUCAAGGACAACUACAACACGCUGGAGAGCACUUUGUGACGCCGUGUUUUCUUGACUUGUACAAUGCAACCUCGCUAGGUGAGUGAUUGUGGACACAUUUUCAAAGACUAGGAGAGCCGGACUUCUCCUUUCACUGUUAUUCUCAUUUUGUAUAUAAUGUUAAAAUGUACAUUAAAACAUAAAUGAAGCAAUA